AUGGAUGUAACAAUGAAGACAGAUGAUCUUGUGAAGAUGAUUACAUUUACACCACCACUGUAUAAGCAACGCUACCACUUUAUUAAGCAGUUGGUGAAUAAACAUAAACCUAAAAAGGUGGCAGAUUUGGGAUGUGCUGAUUGUAGACUACUCUGGAUGCUGAAAUUCUGCAAUUGUAUUGAAGUGCUCGUUGGGCUAGAUAUCAGUGAAGAGGUGAUGAAGGAAAAAAUGCAUACGCUGUCUCCCCUUCCUAGUGACUAUCUUCAGCCAAGUGAAAGACCACUGACAGUUACCCUCCUUCAGGGUUCUGUUGCUCACAAAGAUCCCUGUAUGCUGGGCUUUGAUUUGGUAACAUGCAUUGAAUUAAUAGAACACCUAGAGGCACAAGAUUUGGAGAAAUUUCCAGAAGUAGUAUUUGGUUUCAUGUCUCCAGCCAUGAUUGUAAUUAGCACACCAAACUCAGAGUUCAAUUAUUUACUUCAAACUGUAUCAUUAUUUAGACAUCCAGAUCAUAAAUUUGAAUGGAACCGAGCACAAUUUCAGAACUGGGCUCUUGAUGCUGCUGCUCGUUAUGAUUAUACAGUAGAGUUUACUGGAGUAGGAGCGCCGCCUUGUGGGAAAGAUGUUGGAUUUUGUACACAAAUUGGUGUGUUUGUAAGAAAAAACCUAAGAAAUGUCAAGCCUGAGAGAUUUGAGAAAUAUCAGAGAAGUGUUUAUAAAACUGUUUUCAAAGUCAUAUAUCCAAGCCUUAAAGAUGAAAAGUAUUUGCAGAAUGCAGUGGUCAAUGAAGUUGUUCGAGCAGCAGAGAUAAUUGCAAGGAGACAACUGGACUACAGAAAAUCUGAAUAUAAAAAGCACUGUGAUGAUCUUAUUGGGACAGAAUCCGGAUUUCAACAAUCUUGUUUCCUGAAGUAUUUGGACAAUUUUUCUUUCUCUGAAGCUGAUAGUAAAAAUAUGCAGCCACUGGCUAGGGGAAAUAUUAUCUAUGUACCUCUUGCAAAAAUCUUUUCUUUUUCCAAAGUGAAUAAACUUUGUGGCACCUUUGAAACGCUUAAUAAGCUCAUAACUGGCAAAAUUACACUAAGCCAUGAUGGAUCUGCGGUGAUGAUUGAGAUGGAAAAUGAAGAUGAAGAGCAGGAUAGCGAUAAUAAUUAAAAGUAACUGCUCCUGUCAUUAACAGAAUAAGGAGUCUAGUAAUUGAAAUGCUGGUAAUUGCUGGUUAAAAAAAUGGACUUAAACACUAUAAUCAGGUGUUACAUUUUCACAUUAAAUUGGAUUAUAGAUGGUUGAGUAACUUCUUAGUGUCCAAGGGCGGCACUUGAUUUUGUUUUUCAGCUGAGGAAAGCAGUCUGUUCCCAUGAUGCCUUUGCCCACAGAGUGGGUGAGGCGAUGUUAUACUAGGCAACACUUAAGGAGGGGGACCCAUAACCUCCAUAAAAGUGUAACAGAAAAUAAUAAUUUCAAAGCAAAGUAAGCAAUACAGCUUUUCAAAUUUGCUAAAAAUAAUUGGAAGCACAGUGAUGGGUCUAAGGGUGCAGAUUACCCAUCCAUGAGUUUCACUACAUAGUUCUGAGUACGUUUGAAUGCAUGUGAAAAUAAGUUAGUCUAACCACAAAGCAAAAAAAGAAUGUUAUUGGAACAAAAGCUUAAAAAUUGUUUUCAUAAUUUUAGUACUAGAAAAAGUAAAAUUUAAGGAGUUUUGUACUAAAAUGUAUAGAUUGCUGUACAAAAGUUCAAAACAAUUAGUAUACUACUAAAGUAUGUGCUAGUAAUACUGAAGUAUGGUAAAUGUAAGUACGUUUAACAAACUAAACCCAGCUGUAAUCAUGUAUUGUGCUUUUAAACAUUUUCCCCAAAUGUCUUAAUGUUUCUGUGUUAUACAAUAAUAACUUGUCAAUUAGAUGUUGUGUGUUUCUGAAAGUUCCAAGUAAGUGUACAUAGUGAUUGAUUUGCAGCUGGGAAAAGCUAUACAGGUAUUUUCAAUCCUACCUUCCAAUUCUACCAUUGCAGGAAUGAUAGAAAUUGACCUUGUUUUCUGAUCCUGCCCCAGUUCUUUUUUCCGAUUCUAAAACACUGUUAGUUGUAAGGUGUAGUCUUGACUUUGAUGUCAUUAAACUGCUAUGUAUCAAAUAGUUUUUUUUCUCCAUUGCAAUAGAAUAUCCUCAUCCCCAUCUCCUCAUACAUAGAAGUAUAAAGACUGCUCUUUGUACAUUCUGUUGACAAGUAUGAUUUUCAUGUAACUAUAGUAUUGAAAUAUUG